GCAGAUUUCCCUGCGGUUCGUACUUGCGACGGCCGUCGGAUAUACUGCCGAAGGAGUUCCAGACAGUGUACAAGACGAAAACCAUAAGCUCUAUGUGCAUGCAUCUGCGCGAGGGUGCGCUGCUUCAGGCGUGAGCGGCGAUGGGCGAGAUCGAGGGCACUUACCGCACCCUGCAGACUCCCGGUACCAGGUUGGGGGCCCAGUUCAACGCCGGCAUCAGCACCCUGGAGCCCGGCCAGAGCCUAAGCACCGCCAUGGGAAGUGGGGGCAAAGUUCACAGCCGCGGGCUGCAGCUGCGCGUGCUCGGACUGGACGACGCCCAGGAGUUCUACGACCUGGAGACUAAGGCUGAUGGACAGGUCCUCCUGAUUGAAGUCUUCCGCCGGUGCAAUCUCAUUGAGAGCGAUUACUUUGGCCUGGAGUUUCAGAACAUGCAGAUGAAUUGGGUAUGGCUGGAGCCGACAAAGCUCGUGGUCAGGCAAGUGAGAAGGCCUGUGAACACACUCUUUAGACUCUCAGUGAAGUUCUUUCCCCCAGACCCUGGCCAGCUGCAGGAGGAGUACACCAGGUACCUGUUCUCUCUGCAGAUGAAGAGGGAUCUGAUAGAAGGGAGGCUCACCUGCACGGAGAACACUGGUGCGCUUCUGGCCUCUCACCUGGUGCAGUCGGAGAUCGGCGACUAUGACGACGUGGCGGACCGAGAGUACCUGAAGAUGAACAAGCUGCUGCCCUAUCAGGAGCGCGUACAGGAGAAGAUCAUGGAGCUGCACCGGCGACACCUUGGUCAGACUCCCGCAGAGUCGGACUUCCAGGUGCUGGAGAUUGCCCGGAAGCUGGAGAUGUACGGCGUGCGGUUCCACCCGGCGGCCGACCGUGAGGGCACCAAGAUCAACCUGUCUGUAGCCCACAUGGGCCUGCAGGUGUUCCAGGGCAACACGAAAAUCAACACCUUCAACUGGUCAAAGAUCCGUAAGCUGAGCUUCAAAAGGAAGCGGUUCCUCAUUAAACUCCACCCGGAAGUACAUGGCCCUCACCAGGACACACUAGAGUUCCUGAUGGCCAGCAGGGACCAGUGUAAGAUCUUCUGGAAGAACUGCGUGGAGCACCACUCCUUCUUCCGCCUAUACGAUCAGCCACAGCCCAAGGCCAAAGCCAUCCUCUUCAGCCGAGGAUCCUCCUUCAGAUACAGUGGGCGCACGCAGAAGCAACUGGUGGAGUAUGUGAGGGACAGCGGAGCGCGAAGGACUCCAUACCAGAGGAGGAACAGCAAGAUCCGCAUGUCUGCCCGAUCCCUAGCAGCUGAUUUCCCUAAACAGAGCCUGUCCUUCAACGACAGCCUGCGUCUCCCCGGCUCUCCUGCGUCGGCCACCGUCUCCUUCCACUCCCUGCCCAUCAGCGGUGGCUCUCCCCUGCGCCUGGAGCCCCAGACCCAGCUGCAGCAGCCGCACCACAGCCCGCCUGCCUUCCCGCACAGCCAGCAGCUCCAGCACCAGCAGCUCCACUUCCAGCAGCAGCAGCAGCAGCCUGCCCGGCCCCCCAGCCCCCCGACGGAGGACCCGGUCAAGGCCGCCGCCACCUCGCCCCCGUCCCACUACGCCUUCCAAGAUUCCUCCACCAUGGACAGCCCCCUGCUCUCGCCCUUCAGCCCCAAGGGUCCCCUCUGCAUGUCGCCCUCCUUCCAGAUGUCCACGCUGAGUCUGCCCGGUCAGGCGCCCUCGCCCCUGCAGAGCCCCAUCCUAAGCGAGGUGGGCAGUGCCAGGCUAGACGAGGACGAUGAGGGCAGGAGGAAGAGAUUUCCCACUGAUAAGGCCUACUUCAUUGCCAAAGAGAUUCUGACCACAGAGAGGACCUAUCUAAAAGACCUGGAGGUCAUCACUGUGUGGUUCCGCAGUGCUGUGAUCAAAGAGAACGCCAUGCCUGAGGGCCUCAUGACUCUGCUCUUCUCCAACAUCGACCCCAUCUACGAGUUCCACCGGGGCUUCCUCAAGGAGAUCGACCAGAGGCUGGCUCUCUGGGAAGGGCGCUCGAACGCACACGUGAAGGGCGACUACCAGAGAAUCGGGGAUGUCAUGCUGAGGAACAUGAGUGCAUUGAAGGAGUUCACCAGCUACCUGCAGAAGCACGACGAGGUGCUUACGGAGCUGGAGAAGGCCACCAAGCGUCUGAAGAAGCUGGAGACGGUCUACAAGGAGUUUGAGCUGCAGAAGGUGUGCUACCUGCCGCUCAACACCUUCCUGCUCAAGCCCAUCCAGCGCCUCAUGCACUACAAGCUCAUCCUGGAGCGCCUGUGCAAGCACUACACGCCCGAGCACCGCGACCACGACGACUGCAAGGAAGCGUUGAAGGACGUGGCUGAGAUCGCAGCCCAGCUCCAGAGCAGUCUCAUCCGGCUGGAGAACUUCCAGAAGCUCACAGAGCUGCAGAGAGACCUGAUCGGCAUUGAGAAUCUCACAGCCCCUGGCAGGGAGUUCAUUCGUGAGGGGUGUCUGUACAAGCUCACGAAGAAAGGCCUGCAACAGAGGAUGUUCUUCCUGUUCUCCGACAUGCUCCUGUACACCAGUAAAGGGGUGACGGCCACCAACCAGUUCAAAGUGCACGGCCAGCUGCCUCUGCAUGGCAUGAUUCUCAUUGUGUUGGAUGCGCCGGUUGAGGAGAGUGAGAACGAGUGGUCCGUGCCCCACUGCUUCACCAUCUACUCUGCCCAGAGGACCAUCGUGGUGGCAGCCAGUUCCAAAGUGGAGAUGAACAAGUGGAUUGAGGACCUGAACAUGGCGAUCGACAUGGCUAAGAAAUCUCAGGAGAAGUCAGACCUCUUCCUGGAGUCUGGCCUAUCGGAUCGCUCUAACAGGUCAUCCGACGAGGUGUCUCUGGAGCAGGAGUCGGAGGAUGACAUGAACUCCUCCCAUAGCUCUCUGGAUAAGCAGACCCACCACCGUGCCAACACCACCAUGCACGUGUGCUGGCAUCGCAACACCAGCGUGUCCAUGUCUGACCACAGCCUGGCCGUGGAGAACCAGCUCUCUGGCUACCUCUUGAGGAAAUUCAAGAACAGCAAUGGAUGGCAGAAGCUUUGGGUGGUGUUCACCAACUUUUGCCUCUUCUUUUAUAAGACACACCAGGAUGACUUCCCACUGGCCAGUCUCCCGUUGCUAGGUUACACAGUCAGCACCCCUGGGGAGACUGACAGCAUCCACAAAGAGUAUGUCUUCAAGCUGCAGUUCAAGUCCCACGUCUACUUUUUCCGGGCAGAGAGCGAAUACACUUUUGAAAGGUGGAUGGAGGUGAUCAAGAGUGCGGCCAGUUCCACGGGCAGGAUGAGCCUCCUGAUCCCCAAGGGCCCCACAGAGAUGAACGGGAACUAAGCAGAGCAGACUGGAGCUGAGCUUCUGGAGCUGGGGGCUGGGCCUCGCAGACUCCCUGGAGAACCUGUUGUUGUUGUUGUUGUUGUUGUUGUUUAUGAUUAUUGGUUAUUUUCCUGCUCCUACUUAUGGCUUUUUUUUGUUAAUUUACUAUUGAUUGAUGUGAGGGGUAGGCUUAGGAGCACAGGAAUUGGGAGAGGAGUGGACUACACGAAACCGGCAGAACGUUUUCCUUUCACAUUCUCCAUCUGUAUGUCUUCCUCUUGUCUUUGAUCUCGUCUUGACCUUCGUCUCGAUCAUAACCCGUUAACCAUUCUGGUACAGUCCAGGAAUCUGGCUGUGAGGUGGCAGUCACUGUCCUGGUUUCCCACUUCCAUGAGAAGUACUGCCUCUGAGUUUCUGCUAAAGAGGAUAAGUCAGUUGACCUUUAAAAGCUAUUAGGAAGGUUUCAACAUAUCCAAAGACUUAACAUUAAAUUGAGAUUAAUUAAUAAAUAGGCAGCCAACUGAUCCAUGUUUUGUUGUUUGUCAGUGUUCGCUAAUCUCAAGCAGAGAUCCAAUUGGGGUAUCUCUGUGGCUGUACAAAGGGUUUUUAAGGACAGUUGUUUCUUGAACAAGGAUUAGAAUGUCCUUGGAUGUUGAGCCUCUUUUAUUGUCAUGCUCAUUGUUAGAGGGGGAAUUAGCAGUUGCUUUAAGCAGUGGUGGCUGUAUUAAUUUUACCUUUUACCUUUUUAUUACCAUCUAGAUGUGAGCAGCUUGCUCGAGCAGAGCCAGGUAUAGUGUGGAUACAAAGGUACUCGCUGGGGAGAUGAAGGACUUGGCACAAAGGGACACUUGAAGGGGACUGUGAAGUGAAAUGAUGGAAGGGACACCUAUGAAGGUGUUCUGUGGCUGGGUUGAUACACCCAGAUAGUACAGUGGGUGUCUGAUUGUCGGUCAGGGAACAGAGCAUAGAAGGCACUAGAAAGACGACUUGGUCCAGAACUAGAUGCAAGACUGGGCAAUGGAACUCAAGGCUAGUUUGGCAUGUUGAUAAAGAUGCCUGAAAGUGUACAGUCUCUCAUCUCCUUAGAGCUUGAAAAAGAAGUCUACGGUGCUCUCUGUAAGACCUCAGAAAGUGUAUGAGCCAGCUCCAGACCAGAGGCAAUUGUGGCAAGUCACCAAUGGUGCUCUGUGUUCCUUGACACUCUGAACACCUGACACCUUUGCACACCUUCUGUUAUGAACUGUUGUGAUGUGUGAAAUAUGGUGAUCUUUACAACUUGGCAAUAUUUCUGUCAUUGCUUUCCAAAGUCAAAAUGAGAAAAUAUUUUAGGGGAAAGGUUUUGAUAUGUUUAACUUGUUAACUGUUACUGUUUGGGCCCACCUCUUGAUGUGGAAUUAAAGGGAUAUUGAUGGAAUGUGUUUUUAUAUAUUAUUUAGAUACUUAACACAUUCAUGUAUCAUCUGUCUGACAUAUUUUAACACAGGGGCAUUGUAAUACUUAUGAUUGGAGCUGUGUAAUCCUAGUGACGAUGGGUUAAUUGUAUUAUUGGGGUACGAAGUUGAAUGGUUUAAGCAUUAGGAGGCUGUCUAGCAAUAUUCCUGAGUGCCUCCAGGGGCACUGUAAUAACAGUAUUCACUUGUGUUUCUUCAUCCCUGAUGCAUUUAAGCUAUUUCAGUAACUGUUUUGAAGCCAGUCUUUGUCAUUUCGGUUCUCUCCAUUUGUCUCUCGUAAUGUCCUGCCUUGGUAUAUGGACUCGAGCGAAGCCACAUUUCCUAUUACUUUGAGGCGUUACUUUUGGUGUGGUCAGCCUGUCCACGCUGGGAUACAAACAGGUUUACGUCUUAAUUUUAUUUAGCUUUUUCUUCCAGAAAGGAAAAACCAGACUGAACCCAUUUUAGUCUUGGUCAAAAAGGUUUUAUGUAGGUGAUGGUCAAUCAGUUUCAGUAUAUUUUGUAUAUUCAGCAGUAUGGCAGUGUUUGAAAGUGAAGCUUAGCCUUCUUUAUUGGCUGAAAUUUAUAUAUAUAUUUAACCCUGUGCAUAAUGGUACUGGUCACUGUAGGUCUGACUGUCCUGCAUCUUCAGCGGGCAUUAGAGAGAGCGCGCGAGAGAGAGUGUGAGAGUGUGUGUGUGUGUGUGUGUGUGUAUGUGUGCAAACGAGGGAAUGCUUUAGAUCCUGGUACCACAGGGCCCCCUGUAGUCCUAAAGUGCACUGAGAGGGGCAGGGGCUCUCUUUGUUUUGUACAUUUUGUAUUGAGGACUGGAAUCUCUUGGCUCUCCCUCACUGGCAGAGGAGGGGCAAAACCCCUGCAUUUCAUUUGAUCCCCUUUUCCCGUUAACCCUUUCUGCUCGCUGCCUCACAUCACACGAAUAAGGCCCAUGUGGAAAAACAGGGGGGAGGAGGCGUCUCCAAGCCCAUUGUCGUCUGAUUAGUUUCUCUUUGUUUGUUUGGAGAACUUACACAGUUUGUUUCCUAAAGGCGAAAGCCACAAGUCUGUCAAAUGAUCCGGUAAAGGUGAAGAUGGGCAUGCCAUCUCCCCCAAUUGGGCUUGGCUUGACGGAUCAUCUCUCCGUCAAAGUCCCAUACCCCUGCCUCUCCCCACAUCCUUGUUGUACACUAUGUUACUUUCUAUUUAUUAUGUAGCAUGUUGCCGGAGUCCUGCUACUCCUGAACACCUUGCAUGUAGUCAUGACCGUGUUAUUGCAUUGAAAGGAUAACAAAAUAAAGUCCAAAACUGGUAA